UUGACUUUGACAUUUAAUCUGUUUCCUUGAGUGAGCUUCUUGUAGUAUGAGAAGAGCGCAAUUUUAAGCAAAAACGUAAUUUUUAUUUUCAACCCACUUACUUGUGUUACGACAUGAACGCGUAUUUGUAAGACGAAUUUUCGGGUGUAUUGAAUAAUAUCAAUUUAUCUUUUCUUUUAAAAUGGUGUCGGCCACUGUUAUCUACGCAGCUGUGCCUAUCUCAGCCGUGGUGGUGCUGGGUUUGAUACGUAAAUGGAGAUCAAGGAACUGGGCAAAGUGCACAAGCAAUACUUGCCUGAGAGGUAAAACUUUCCUCAUAACGGGAGCGAACAGUGGGAUCGGUCUGGAAACUGCCAAAGCCCUUGUGAAGAGGAAGGCGCGAGUUAUUUUCGCCUGUCGAGAUAUUGAAAGGGCGAAACAGGCCAUCUCUCAAAUAAGAAAAGAACAGAUUACUAGCGGUGAAUUGAUCCCAAUGCAAUUAGAUUUGGCAUCAUUUGAAUCAAUCGAGAAGUUUGUUGAAGUAGUCAAAGCUGGGUUCUACAAAAUAGAUGUUCUGAUCAACAAUGCUGGUGUGGUGGUGCCGUUAAACCUGGACCAGAAGACUAAGGAAGGGUUCGAGAUCCAUCUUGGAGUGAACCAUUUAGGCCAUAUGUAUUUGACUGAUUUACUACUUGAUCUGCUGAAAAAGGCCACACCUAGCAGAAUAGUGUUUGUCUCGUCAACACUUCACGAAAAAGGCAAGCUCAACUUCAAUGAUCUGCAACUCAGAGCCGAGAUAGAACAGGCUAAGAAGGGCAAGGCCUUCCGCCGCAACCCUGGCUAUUGCAACUCCAAACUGAUGAAUGCGUACCUCACCCGCGCCUUAGCAGACAAGCUGAGAGGCUCUGGCAUAGAUGUGAAUGCUUGCUGCCCUGGAUUUUGCUACACUAAUCUGUUCAGGUACUUCGUAAAAUGGUACCACUACAUACUGAUGGCGCCCGUUGCGUUAUUGUUCAUGAGGUCGGCGAAACAAGGUUCAGAAACAGUGGUGUUCACGGCGACGGAUUACAGCAUCGAAGGACAUACUGGAAAGUUCUACCGCGACUGUAAAGAGUACAUCUCGAAAUAUCCCUUCGAUAAGAACGAAGAGUCGAAGUUGUACGAAAUCAGCGAGGACAUGAUCAAGGCUAGGAAGCCCCUUUAGAUUACGGGAAACAGAGGUCCUAGCAUCUAACUUUAACACAACACUUCUGAUUGACCAUCAAUAUAUUUAAUAGUUAUUUGUUCAACAAGAUAGCAAAGUUCAUUUUUGUUGCGAGUGGCUAGUUUGACCCGAGCGGGCGAAGGAUUCAAGUUAGAAUUCUGAGUCUAGAGAGGGAUUCAAAGGCACAAGAAACAAAAACUUUGCUAUCGUGUGAUACAUACAACUUUUCAUCUAACUUGUUCAAAAAAGGCGCCUUUGCUGUCAAAAACCAGUGAGCAAAAACGACUUUUGUUCACUGGUUUUAGGCAGCAAAGGCGUCCUUUUUGAGCUAGUGAGGUGAAAUUUAUAUUAAUUACUUACGCCUGUCAAUUUAAAGAUUGCGGCUAAUUUGUUUGUACACAAUCUCUAAACUAAAAUGAUAUGUCCAAAUAUACUGCUAUUCCUUUCACAAUGCUCUCUGCAAAAAAGGAUAGCAUUAGAUUGUCCUUGAUAAUUUAAUUUUGUAUGGAGAUUGUGUUAACAGAAUUAGCCCCAACGUUAGCAAUAAUUAAAACCGAAUACUCAAGCAUAAUAUGAAAAAUCACAUAUCAAUAAUGGACAAUAAUAUUCUAUUCAAUCAUCAUAAGAAACUUUGUUAUGUCUUAUCUAAUGGAAAUGUUAUCAUUUUGUUAUGAUUCCAUUUAUCACGCUUUCAUAUAAGUACAUAUACUUAUGUUAUUCUACUAUAAUCUGUAAUAGUACAUUUAUAUGUAUAUUAGAAUAGUUAAUGUUUCACUAAACUGUUACAUUUAGUUUUAAGUAGAUCUUCCUGUAUUUAGUUUUAUUGUGUCUACUGUCUACAUAGUUCAGAGAAUUUAGUUUUUUUAUGGGCUAGAUUUCGUAUACUUUUAUGCAUGUUUUAUACAAUCUGAUCUAAAAAUAAUAAUCACUACUCAUAUAAUUAUUAAUGCGAAAGUGCUUUUGUUUCUUGGUUUGUCCUUCAAUCAAGUUGCAAGAGAACAAAGUGAUUUUUUUCAUGCGUAUAGUUAUUGAUCUGGAGAGUGACAUGGCUACAUUUUAUCCCGGAAAAUCAUUGAGUUCCCACGGGAUUUAAAAAAACCCUAAAUCCACGAGGACGAAGUCGCAAGCAUCUAGUUGAUAAUGAAAAUCUCAUGAAAUAUUCGAAUAUGAACUUAGGAUUGAUUCGUUACGUACUCGUACUCUUACCUUACUUUAACAGCCUGUUAUGCAACUGGACUUAAUUCGUAAAAUAAUUCUCAUUCGUAUACAUGUAUACAUUACCUACUCGUAAAUCGGUGUACUUAGCGCCUCUAGCGCUACUCAAGUGUCGUCAUCUGCCGCAGCGGGUAAUUCACUCACUCGGUGAUCAUUACUAGAUCGUUUCAACGAAUAGUUCCUAUGGCGUUAUGUUGGCUCCCCUGACUGUCUAAGUCAUUGGCACCAUAUUGGCAGGAGAAGACCAUAGAAGACGCAGAUUUUGUUUAUUUUCAUUUGAUUUUCAUGAACGAACGAAAUGAAAAUCAAAUGAAAAUAAACAAAAUCUGCGUCUUCUCGUGCAAAUAAUGGUGCCCGUGACUUAGACAGACAGGGGAGCCAACAUAACGCCAAAGGAACUAUUCAAUGAAACGAUCUAUAAAUGAAAGCCCAUCAUACUUAUUUGACACUAACGACCCGCCCCUGCUUCGCACGGGUAGCUAAUUACGAUCUUCGCAGGGAUCCCUAAUUUAUAUUUUAAAUAUAUUUACCUAAUAUAUUUAAAACAGCCAUUUCGUCGCUUUAAUUAGAAUUCAUUGGUUUAAAUUGAACUUUCAUUUUAUUACAAUAUGAUAAAAUUCCAAAGAUUAUAAUUUAAUAUUUGUAAAUUGUGAAAAUAAAAUAUUUACUU